UUAAGAAAUGCUAAAUGUAGUAGGUUGCUGAAAAUAGUUUUACGAAUUACUGUUAGGUUAAACGUGUUACAUGGAAAAACAUUCUUAUCUAUGGUAAAUCUACAAUCCAAGGAAGAAGAAUGUGGGAAUCAACUUAAAAAAAAAACUAAACCAGGAUUAACUUGGGAGCUUAGAAAAUGACGUGAAAUUUAUUAAUAUCGACGUUUACCCCAUUCACACAUACACUGUAUAUUACCUAGAGGAGUGUAUUAAGAACUAGCAUAUAAACCAGUAACCCAGUAUUCCUGCAAUCAUGGUUAAGUUGACAAUGGACAUGAUAGCGCGGUGUACCUCCGGCUACACCAAGAAGAAGAGAGACGAGAGUAUGCAGCACUACCUGAAAAGACUGACACACUUAUAUCUGGAGGACAGGAACAUUGAUGAUAUUGGAGAUGAUCUCGCUAUGUGCCGAAAUCUGACCGUUUUAUAUCUCUAUGACAACAAGUUACCCAAGGUUCCAGUGCUGCUUCAGAACCAGAACUUAACACACCUGUACCUGCAGAACAACCACAUCACCAGAAUGGAAAACCUGGCACCACUACGGAGGCUGACAAAACUUUACUUGGGUGGCAAUUCAAUCACAGUUGUAGAAGGUUUAGAGAAACUGGACAUGCUGCAAGAGUUUCACAUAGAGAAUCAGAAUUUACCACCAGGAGAAAAACUGCUAUUUGAUCCAAGAUCAUUAAAAACACUAUCAAUGUGUUUACAGGUGCUAAAUGUGUCAGGCAAUAAUUUGGACAGCAUCCGUGAGCUGGAGUGUCUGAGAGAGUUGACACAAAUCAUGGCAAAUGACAACAAUUUGAAUGACAUGCGUGAGCUGGGGCACCUGUUGACAGCCUGGCGCAGUCUGUGGAGGCUAGAGCUGAUAGGAAACCCCAUGUGCCACAAGUCGAAAUACAGGGACAGGGUCAUUGUCAUGGCUCAUAGGUUAGAGAUUUUAGAUGGUAAGGAAAUCAGUGACAAUGCAAGACAGUUCCUGGAGAAUUGGCAAGCUUCAAAAGAAAAGAGGAGAGAUAACCUCAGUAGGAAAAAUACAGAAGAUACAUUAAAUUUAGGUCACCUGAAGGACAAGGACCUGCCCCCUGUGGCCUUCCCCAAACAUGGAGGUAUCCCAGGCUACAUCAUGCCAGGUUUACCCAGGAAGCAGUUUGAUGAUAUCCUGGCCCGUUCUGCUAGUCUACCCAACUCUGCUGUCCAACCCCACAGGACCCCCAAGGCCCCCCUGGGCCCUAAGUCUCACAGUGACCUGGUGGGACCAAG